AUGGCUGCGCCCCCGAGUGAGAGGAAAGGCUCCUCUAGUGGUUCACAAUCUACCAUGAACGUUGCACAACGUGACGGGCACGACAUGCCAGACGCCAAUAAUCUAUAUCCUGGCGAGAAAUCAGACGAGGAAAAGGCCCCGCCUACUCCUGAGGAACCGGUUGUUGCUGAUGGAGGCACCGUUGCUUGGCUGGUUGUUCUGGGGGCGUGGUGUGUCUCGUUUUGCAGUUUUGGCUGGAUCAACAGUGUCGGAGCGUUUCAGGAAUACUACCAACACAACAUGUUGUCGUCAUACUCGGCCAGCACCAUCUCUUGGAUCCCGUCACUACAAAUCUUCUUCAUGAACGCCUUGGGCCCCGCGGUAGGCAUGCUCUACGAUAGAUAUGGUCCUCGACAACUCCUCCUCGCCGGCAGUCUCCUCCACGUCUUUGGGCUCAUGAUGUGUUCCCUCGGGACGCAAUACUACCAAAUCCUAUUAGCUCAAGGUGUCUGCUCGGCCAUUGGCGUUUCUGCCAUCUUCCAGCCAUCAAUCAACGUCAUCCACGGCUGGUUCAACAAGAAGCGCGGCGCGGCGUUCGGCAUCCUCGCAACCGGCUCCUCCCUCGGCGGCGUCAUCUUCCCCAUCAUGGUCUCGCGCCUCAUCCGCCAAGUCGGCUUCCCGUGGGCCAUGAGAACCUGCGCAUUCCUCAUCCUGGCCCUCCUCAUCGUGGCCAACCUCACCAUCCGCGCCGCCCAUCCGCCGCGCCCGCAAAAGCUCACCAAGGCGCAGCUCGCAAAGCCCUUUUCCGAGUUCGACUUUGUCUUCCUGUGCGCAGGCUUCUUCUGCUUCACGUUUGGCAUCUUCGUGCCCAUUGACUAUCUGCCCGUCCAGGCGCUCGAUGCUGGCGUGGACCCCAACUUGGUGCAGUACCUGCUGUCGAUCCUCAACGCCGCAAGUCUCUUUGGGCGGUUGUUUUCGGGAAUCGUGGGGGACAAGAUUGGCCGGUACAACAUCUUCGUGACGGUUUGCGCCCUUACGGGCAUAUGGGUUCUUGCGCUCUGGAUUCCGAGCUCCAGCACUGGCGGCAUCAUUGCUUUUGCGGCGCUAUUUGGUUUCUGUAGCGGCGCGUACGUGUCGCUUAUUGGGCCGCUGGUUGCGCAGAUUUCGCCGCUGCGGGAAAUCGGCUUCAGGACCGGUAUUAUAUUCUUUAUUGCGUCCAUUGGUGGGUUGACGACGAACCCUAUUAGUGGCGCCAUUUUGGGAGAUGACAAGAACUGGGUGGGCGUCAAGGUGUUUGCAGGUGUAUUUUGCUUUGCGGGAACCUUUUUGGUUCUCAUUGCGAGAAUUCGCAGGACAGGAUGGAAGUUGGCGGUUGUGUUUUAA